AUGAUCUCUGCCGGCGAUGCCGAGUUCCCACGGGAUUACCACACGCUGGCCGGCGGCGGCCGCGGGGCCCGGCGGUUCCCGGACAACACCAACGGGGGGUUCACGUCGUCCUCGCUGGACCGCCGCCACAACUCGGUGGCUGCCAAGAGCCUGGAGGCCCUGAACAGCAUCCACAAGGCGGACAUCGAACGCCAGCGAGACGCCCUCAUGGAUCUCCAGAAGAACAAGUUCUCCAACAGCCCCGGCAGCCUAUCGCAGGGCGCCGCCGCCGGACGACAGCAACAACCAAACUACUGGAGCUUCAAGACUCGAACACCACGCGUGACACGACUCAGCCCGACACAGCCGGCUCUUGCCGACCAGGCCAGCAGGGUUUCCUUCGCGUCAGCAGAAAACCUGGAGACCAUGUCUGAGCCCGACAUGCCCAUCGGCUUCAACCGGAUGAACCGGCUCCGCCAGAGCCUGCCGCUGGCCCGCUCGUCCAGCCAGGCGAAGCUGCGGGCGCCAGGGAUCUUGUUCCUCCAGCUUGGGGAGGAGACUCGCAGGGUUCACCUGACCCACGAGCUGACCAGCCUGGAUACUCUGAGGGCGCUCAUCGUGCACAUGUUCCCCCAGAGGCUCACCAUGGCCAUGCUCAGGUCUCCAAACACAGCUCUGCUGAUCAAAGACGAGACCCGUAACGUCUUCUACGAGCUGGAGGACCCGCGGGACGUUCAGGACCGCUGCGUAAUUAAGAUUUACUGCAAAGAGCCCAUCUACGGCACCUACCCUGGACACCAACACCCACACCUGGCCAACGGAGACCUGAGGAGGGAGAUGGUUUACGCCCCUCAGGACUCUCCACCAAACCGCCGCCUCAGCAACCCCCACAUGUCUUCCCAGCACUCGUCUUCCUCCGCCUCCCCUCAGGGCUCGCCGUCCCGCGCCCGCCUCCUCUACAGCGGAGGCAGGCCCUCCUCCUACGCCGGGCCGCCCCACCACACCCACUCUCUUCCUCACCCCCACCCGCACCCUCACGCCCAGGCCCACCACUCCUCCCCCCACCAGCAGCAGCAGCAGCAGCAUCAGCAGCAGCAGCAGCAGCAGCAGCAGCAUCAGCAGCAGCAGCAGCUCCUCCACCAGCCGCAUCACGCCCAGCAGGCCUUCUGCGCCUCCUCCAGCGCCAUCCUGGAGCGCAGGGACGUGAAGCCCGACGAUGGUGGGGGGUCCAGGAGCAUGGUGCUGCUGAGGGGGACGAGUGGGAUCUACGCGGACCCCUACUCUCUGGGUCCAGACCCAAGUCGGCUGAGUCUGGCAGGAGGUCCUCACUCGCCUCUACCAGCCAGAGCCGACCCCUACGGCUCCUUAUAUCGCCGAGGAGGAGGAGGAGGAGGUGGUGCUGGAUCAAUGCGGUCACUCACCUCCUAUACAGCGGCCGCUCUACAAGGAGAGCUGAUGGAAAGCGGUGCCCUCUACAGACCAGGAGGGCCGCUCUACAACGACGCCUACGCCGCCUCCAUGUUGGCCAUGGGGCUGCGGGUUCCUCCUCCCUCCUCCCCGCAGAAGAUCCCCGACAUGAGGGAGUCCUACGGGGGCACCAUGCCCGGCAGGGGCUCCCCGGGGAGGCAGAGUUUGAGAAGGGACUCAGUGAGCUCCUCUGUGUUCGGGGACAGUCCCAAAGCCCGGGGCCAGACCUCCGGGUUGGGUCUCACCUCGGAGCAGCUCUGCUUGAUGGCCGGUCCUGGAGGAGGGGGCGGCGGCGGGGGCUUCGGGUCGCCUAUGAUGGGAAAUGAAACCGAGACCAGGGAGCGUAUGGAGGCCAUGGAGAAGCAGAUAGCCAGUCUGACGGGGCUACUGCAGAGAGUACUGAGCCGAGCGCCUGAGGCAGAAAGCCCGGAGAAGAUGGAGUCGGCCAGUGACUGUUCGGGAACUGACAUUCUUACUCCGUCCGCUCCUUUGGCCCUGAUGCCUCCUCCACCCUCGGGGAACCACCAGCCCGUCACUGUGUCCCGUCUGCAGAUGCAGCUCCACUUACAAGGCCUGCAGCAGAACACCAACGCGCUGCGCAAACAGCUGUCGCAGCUACGCAACAUGCAGCUGGAGAACCAGGACUCAGUCUUGUCCCUGCUGAGGCAGACUGAGUCUGAGCUGAGCCUCAUGAUGCUGGACGCAAUGCGCACCCAGGAGGACCCGCUCCAGAGACAGCGCCUCCUGGUGGAGGAGGAGAGACUCAAGUACCUGAACCAGGAGGAGCUGCUCAUCCAGCAGCUGCACGACCUGGAGAAGUCGGUGGAGGAGCUGCAGAGGAACUCGUCGGUGAAUCACGGCCUGGUGACGGAGCAGGAUGUGGAGCAGAAGAGCAAAGAGCUGAGGAUGCUGGGAGAAACGCUCACUGAGCUCAAAAACCAGUUCCCCAGCCUGCAGAGUAAGAUGCGGGUGGUGCUGCGGGUGGAGGUGGAGGCCGUGAAGUUCCUGAAAGAGGAGCCCCACCGUCUGGACGCCCUGCUGAAGCGCUGCAACACCAUGACCGAUGCGCUCAGCACGCUCCGCAGUCUCUUGUAUCCCUCCUAUAUGUACAGACAAGUGACGGAGGGAGUGUGGAAGGGCCCCGAGGACCUCUCCAGCCAAUCACAGAAGAGAUCGGAGGACUCGAGUCGCGGCUCUGACCUGGACAUCCUGAACAGUCCUCCCCUCAGCCUCUCCGACCUGAGCUCCGGCGCCGGCCUGGCCAACUGGAUGCCCGUUUCCGCCGGCGACACUGACUCCUCGAACCCCGAGCAGGACGUCCAGACCUCCAUGAGCUUCAGGAACCGGGUCCUCGACGAGCUGCCGAGUCGGCGUCCCGGUGACAAGUCGGUGUCGGCCGAAGUCAGACUGGCAGCGGAGCGGGACUGGGAGGAGAAGCGAGCCAGCUUGACCCAGUUCAGCGCCCAGGACAUCAACCGCCUGCUGGAGGAGACCCAGGCCGAGCUGAUGAAGGCCAUCCCGGACCUCGACUUCGCCGCUCGCCACAUCAACAAGCCCGCCGUGCCCCAGCCCCAGAUCACCGUCCCAAUAACCUCCACUACGGCGGCUUCUCCCGCAGCGUUGACCACCGGGACCACGGCCGGCACCGCCUCCAACACCACGACCAGCGGGGACCAGCAGCCCGGCAAAGUGCAGAUGGCCGCCCAGAAGCUGAACAGCCUGGAGGGGCCGGGUUCACAUCGAGGGUCUGUGGAUCUCAACGUGGCUCGGUAUCGGACAGAGAAGCCCUCCAAGUCUCCGCCUCCUCCUCCACCUCGCCGAAGCUUCCCGUCGGCACACGGCAUCACCACCAACCGCACCGGAGAGGUCAUCGUCACCUCCAAGAACAUGAAGAUGGAGGAAGACGGCGACAUGCCUAAAACUCUGGUGAAGUUGAGGAGAACCCCCUGUGACAUCCCUCGACCGGCCUCCACCCCGCCUGUGAUCGCAGCAUCGGCCAUUCAAGACGACGACGACGACGAGGAGAAGAUCAUAGCUGAGCUGGAGAUAUUUCAGAGAACGCCGGUAAAAGAUUGUAGUAAACGGUUCAGCACCCAACCACAGGCCACGCCCACCCCUCCAUGCAUCUUUGGCUCCUUGGGCAGAAAGAACAGCAGUAACUCUCCGGGGCCGAUGAAGGGCCCCACCGUGGCGGCCCGCCUCAAACACCUUCAACAAGGCAGCCUGGAGAGGCCCAAGACCCGCAAGCAGAAAGAGGAUUUCCCCAAAGUCCAGGGCCAGCAGCAGGUAUUCCACUUCUAA